UGGUCCCUACUCAUAAGACAACACUUCUCGCCAGUAAUUGCCCCUGGAAUUGAUGUCAUUGCAGUGGGCGACUGACACAGCAGCGGCUCGUGGUAUUUGUCAAUGUUUUCGUCCGUGAUUCCUCCCUCAUUCCUCACUUUUUGUGCGCGAAGCAGCCUCAGACUUCUUUGAAUGGGGGGGGUGAAAGUGCGCGGAGUUGGAUCAGCUGUCAUCGGGAUUUCCCUCAAGCACGGCUCAUGUCUUGCCGCUUGAUCAUAUUUCAGGAAGUGUGUUUUUUUUAAUUAUUUUGGGGAGGCUCUUGCGCAUCAGCUGUUGUCGGACUGUGAUUGUGUGAUGGUUGCGCCGCAGUGAAACAGUUGGCCGGUACCAGUCCACGCUUCAUCAUCAUGAACCCCGAGAGCCGGUGUCUGAAGUUUCUUAUUUUGGCAGCACUUCAGGCUUUAACUGUCUCUCUGUCAGUGUGUGACAGGGUGAUCUCCAGAUCUGUGGAAGGGAGUCUUUUGAGCACGAGUGUUCAACACAGACCAAAGCAGAAACACUAUGGGACUACUGUACCUCUUCAGCUCAUUGGACAAGACUGGAAACCAAUCAGCCAGCUCAAAUCCCAGAGCUACCCUGCAUCACUGAAGAUCCUGAUUGAGGCGGAAGGUGAGCAGCUGCUCCUGUCCCUAGAGAGAAAUGAGGGGCUGUUUGCAAGUAACUAUACAGAAACCCAUUACCUGGAGGAUGGCAGCACGGUCACAGGCCCUCCCACCUUCACGGCAAACUGCUACUACCACGGUGAGGUGGAGGGUCAUGUCAACUCGGAUGUCAGCCUCAGUACCUGCGCUGGGAUUAAGGGUUUUAUAUCUCUUGGAAGCAGAUCUUAUGUACUGGAACCUUGUGCUGAUCACUCUGAUGGGACUCACUGGAUCUACACAGCUGAACACCUCAGUUUUGCCCCUGGCACCUGUGGUCAUGAUUUCAACAUAUCCUAUCCCACUUCACAUGCAGACAGCAGUCCAUUCAGGGCCUUCAACACAAGGCAUAAACGCCACGUCCAGACUACAACCAAGUACGUGGAGCUGAUCAUCGUGGCUGACAACAGAGAGUUUCAGAAGCAAGGCAAGGACAUGGAGAAGGUCAAGCAGCGGCUGGCAGAGAUCGCCAAUUACGUGGACAAGUUCUACAGAGCUCUGAAUAUCCGAGUGGCUCUGGUGGGCCUGGAGGUGUGGAGCGAUGUGGACAAGUGUCCCAUCACCCAGGACCCCUUCACCACCCUGCAUGAAUUCCUCGACUGGAGGAAGGUCAAGCUGUUGCCUCAGAAGCCACAUGAUAAUGCCCAGCUGAUCAGUGGGGUGUAUUUCCAGGGCACCACCAUUGGUAUGGCUCCCAUCAUGAGCAUGUGCACAGCGGAGCAGUCGGGAGGAAUCGUAAUGGAUCAUUCGGACAACCCGCUGGGCGCAGCAGUCACUCUGGCUCAUGAACUUGGACAUAACUUUGGAAUGAACCAUGACACACCAGAACGGGGGUGCGGGUGCAGAGUUACAGUGGACCGUGGAGGCUGCAUUAUGACUCCCUCCACUGGGUAUCCAUUCCCCACGGUGUUCAGCAGCUGCAGCAAGAAGGACCUCACGGCCAGUUUUGAGAAGGGCGUCGGGAUGUGUCUGUUCAACAUGCCAGAGGUCAAAGUGCUCUAUGGUGGGCAGAAAUGUGGCAACGGCUAUGUGGAGGAGGGCGAGGAGUGUGACUGUGGAGAGCUGGAGGAAUGUAUGAAUCCCUGCUGCAAUGCUACUACCUGCACUCUGAAAGGGGAUGCUGUGUGUGCACAUGGACAGUGCUGCCAGGACUGCCAGCUGAAGCAAGCAGGCACACCAUGCCGUGAAUCCAGCAACUCCUGCGAUCUGCCAGAGUUCUGCACCGGCACCAGCCCUCACUGCCCCUCCAACGUCUACCUCCACGAUGGCCACGCCUGCCAAAACGUGGACGGCUACUGUUAUAAUGGCAUUUGCCAAACUCACGAGCAGCAGUGCAUUACACUGUGGGGCCAAGGAGCCAAGCCAGCCCCGGGCAUCUGCUUUGAAAGGGUGAACUCAGCAGGAGACCCUUAUGGCAACUGUGGCAAGGACUCGAAAGGGUCCUUUGCCAAAUGUGAAGCACGAGAUGCUAAAUGUGGCAAAAUCCAGUGUCAAGGAGGAGCUAAUCGCCCAGUAAUUGGUACUAACGCUGUUUCCAUAGAAACAAACAUCCCUCUGCACGAAGGGGGAAGGAUACUGUGUCGAGGUACACAUGUCUACUUGGGUGAUGACAUGCCCGACCCCGGCCUGGUCCUGACAGGGACCAAGUGUGGAGAUGGAAUGAUGUGCCUGAAUCGUCAGUGCCAGAACGUCAGUGUUUUUGGUGUGCACGAGUGCGCAGCCAAGUGCAGCAGCCGAGGGGUGUGCAACAACAACAAGAACUGUCACUGUGAGGCUCACUGGGCACCUCCUUUCUGUGACAAGACGGGUUUUGGAGGGAGUGUGGACAGUGGCCCUAUCCGACUGGCAGACAGUGGGAAUCUGACGGUGGGCAUCCUGGUGGCUCUCCUCACUGUCCUGGCAGCUGCUCUCAUCAUCUGCAUCAAGAGGAAAACUCUUCUGGGCCUGCUGUUCACCAGCAAGAAGAACCCACUCGAGAAGCUCAGAUCAGUAAGCGCUUCAAUCAGCGGACAGUCGCCUCCUAACCAGCCUUCUCCCGUGACCACGACGUCUCCAUCCCGACCGGCGCCGCCUCUGCCACACAGUGCCACCAUCUUCAAGCCUCCUCACCGGGGGCCGGAGUCGGGGCUCCCACCGGCCCCCUAUCCUUCCCACAGCCUGCGCCGGCUGCCCCAGUGCCCUCCGGUUCACCUCAGCCACCCGGUCCCCCUGUCCCUCACCCUGUCUCUCUCCUCCCCCGGCCCCUCCCAGCCGAGACCCCCGGUACCUCCGCCUCACCGCGCCCCUCCGCCUCACAUCCACGUGGCGGCCAGAGGGGCGUCGUUCCGCAGUGCAUCACACCACAACUCCUGCAGGAUGGUCAUGGAGUUGGAGAAGCCCAGUCCUCCUCAGAAACCUCUCCCUGCUGAUCCGAGGAGCUCUCGACUGGUGCGAAGUCCCUCCGUGGUGCAGGGCCACACUGUAAUCCAGGGGCCUUCUGCACCAGUCCCCAGACCAGCGCUGCGUCCCGUCCCACAUCCCAGCAGGUCGAGUCCCAAGCAGCCUCCAACUCUACCAAAGCCUUGCAUAAUCGCCAACGUCAAAUACAGCAGCUGAGACUUUGGCCACAAGAGACAUUGUUGUGAUGAAGACACACACACGGAAAACUAUUUUUUGCACUAUGAAAACUCUGAAAACCUUAAAAAAAGAUGGUGGCUUCUGUGAGUUUUUGACUCCGCAGAUCUGCCGUGUCCCUUUUGGUGCUCUGUCUCUGAAUGGUGCUACGAGUCUGAGCUCAGGUACAUGUAAAGUAUUUAUAUUGUGUAUUUAUUGCCACGCAGUGCACUGUGCCAGACACUUUUACUACACGGUAGCAAAUUUAGAAUUUUUUGAUUAGUUGUUUUAAUUUCUCUUUUUUUUCAUAUCAACUGAUUUAUGAAGGAGAAUGACUGGAGACUUAAAAAAAACACACAAUCUGUGAAAUUGUGAUUGCAGGAAUGUUUUUGUGUUUCAAUGAAGGGAACUCUUCACAUGAUAGUUUUGUUCUGUACAUGAAAAAUUUAAAUGUGCAAUGACAGAUGAGAGCUUCAGACAGCAUUUUGGAACCCUAUGGGUUUUUUUUCUUGAAGGGUGAUGUUCUCGGUAGCAAAUUUGAGCCAGUCUGACGAGGCUUGAAACAACCACAGUGCAAAGAUUACAAAAAAUCCCAACAAGUGGUAUCACUGCAUCCGUUCUGCGAUUUCUUCUGCGAUCAGGCUGGUAACAAGUCGAAUUGUGACAUGCCACUGGUUUGCCAUUUCCUUUCCAUUAACAAGACCCAGGAAGCUUACUUGAGGGAUCUGAGGUAUGAACCGAACACAGAUCUGAAAAUGAGAUCAAGAAAGUUUUCAUCCCUUGGAGAACUUCUCUGAAAUAUUUGCUCUGCUAAAGGUCAUGUGUGUUUUCGUUAUUUCCCCUCUUUGCCUGUUCACACCGAGGACUCUGAUUAAAUCAUGGAAUCACUGAGGACUUUCUUAAAGCUGUACUCACAUGUAAACGCUCGCUGUCUGGCUACAGUACUCAUAGGUGGAUUUUAGAUCGUGUUUUUCUCUGACAGGAAAGGACUUUUCUUGACAAAUGGCUGACACAACUCAUCCAAGACUAACAGGCAGUUGUUCAUUUUCUAGUUUUUCUAUCUUGUUACUAUAAAAAAGGCAAUCUUAAUAGCCAAUCUACAUGCCAGAUGCAACAUUCUGCAUUAAUUGGACACGAGGAAAUGAACAGCGUUUUUAUAAUUUUCUUUGAAUUAACAUUUUACUGUUAACAUUAUGUAUAGAUUCACACUGAGCAACAUUUCCUUUAAGCACAGCUGUGGUUCACGAAUACAUCGGCUGAAAGCUGAUAGACUUUUGUUACUUUUUGAUACUGCUAUCUUUAUAAUAAGGCACUAGUUUUACAUUCAUCGCUUUGUUUACUUUGCUUUUCCAAUGCUUGUACUUAUGGACAGCAUUUGAGUCCGCCUGUCACCUGUCUAUAUGUCUGUAUGUUCCUCAUAUGUUGUGUUACAGGUGAACACAUCUUCAUAGAGAAUGCUUUUUUUAAAAUGAUGAUUGUUUGAUACAUCAUAUGUAAAAAACAGAAAAAAAGCUCUUACAGUGUCAGUGUCUGUUCAUGGUAUUUUGAACACUCGAGCAGUAUUAGUAAAAGUGUCUUUCAAACACAAAGAGCAUUACUGAUUUUUGCAGUGUGCAUAUUUAUAGCAAGAGUGGUCUUAUGUGAAAAGGUCAAUUAUAGAGGAGAGGAGCAAUUAUUAUUUCAGUGUUAAAAGCUUUUUUUGUUACUUUAAAAUGGAAAAGACACACUACAGGCACACACGAAACAAUGACAUUUUCACUCCAGCAGCUCGACUCGGUGCAAACGCAGAUUUCAUACUGUAUCCAAUUUUAAAGCUGCAAUUGCUUUGUAUUUACAAAAAAAUAACCUUUCUGUCAGGAGCCCCUGGCAUCUCUUUUAUGCUUAAGCCAAACUGCAAACCAGAAAAUUGAAUACUGAACGCUGUAACAAGAGUAAUUGAACAUUUUGCAGCAGUAUUUAUUUUCAGAGAAGGUCUGAGGCUUCAUGUUGGUUUAACUGUUUAACACGGGCAGCUGUAACAGCUUUACCUUAUUUUUCCACCCUGAGCCUUUGUCUGCAAAGCAAUUUGACAAGGUCUUUGUAGGGGAUAAAAAUACUCUUUGAUUCAAUGUAGUUAUGGGAUUGUGUACUCACUGUUGCUUAUUAAGAUUCACUUUUGGUGGAGUCAAGUGUGUGUAUUUGAUUAAAAGGACAUUCAAAAAACAGUGCAGCAAACCUGAAAUUGAAACAGACCCACACAGUAACAAGGACAGAGUGCUGCUGAAAGGGGCACCACAGUAGAAGUUAAAGGUCAAGUUUAAGUUGAAUAUUUGAAAUGCUGAUUGAAAUCAUUAACAUAAUCUGUUUUUGGCUACAAUCAGACAGUUUGACUAUUUAUUUACAGACAGUACAUCUGAGAUCAUUGAACUUUUCUCAUUAUCAAGCAUUGAUGGACAGUAACUAAAUAAAUAAGCUUAAAUACUGUAACUUAGAACAAUUCUAAGAUAUUUUACUUGAGUAUUUGCAUUUUAUGGUACUUUAUACUUCCAAUCCCUAUUAUUCAGAGGAAAAUAUCGUUCUUUCUACAUUUUCCACUACAUUUAUUUGACAGUUUUAGUUACUUUUAAGAUAAAGAUUUUCAAUAAUGGAUAGUAUAACAAGCACACUGUUAAACAUUAAAAGCAUCUUUCCACCUUUUGGACUUCUGACAUCUUAUUAAAAGCAAAAUGUAGUCAAGGUUUCAUUUCAAAUGUCUAUGACUUGUUAACCAUUCCACCAAACAGUGAUUUUUCACUUUAAACUUCUUAUUUACUUCAUUUCAAUGGAAAUGAGUCAAUAUCUCACCAAAAAUGAAAGAUUAAAAGUCCAAACACAGACUCGUGGAUCAGAAGAUUUAACAUAAUAGAUAAAAUAACAAGCAUAUUGUUAAAGAUUAAAACAGUGUUUCCAACAUUUUUGGCCUUCGACCUUUUACAAAAACCAAAAUAUAGCCAAAAUAACAUUUCAGUUGUCGGUGAGUUAUAAACAGCUCCACCAAUCAGUGAUGUUUUUCCUCUAAACUUCUCAUUUGGUUUCAAUUCAAUAAAAAUGACUCAAAAACCACAGAUUAAAGAAAAAAUCCAAACAUUUAAACUAUAUUUGGGGGGUCAGAACUUUGUCUCUUCUUCUCUCUUAUUAAUUAUCUCAUGAGCCCACAGGUUUAUCUGCUGUCCUUCUAUGUAAAACUGUUUAUAAAGUAGUUCAAACUGGCUCCAGCUGCUGCAGCUACAACAGUAACAUGCUGUCUACACACUGAUGCUUCAGAAAUAUAAUCAUUUCACUUAUAAUAGUAUAUCAGCCAGAGGGACUUUGAGAAAUUAAAUUCAUUUUGCUUGA